AUGCCGAGUGCAAUAAACGGACACGCUGACUGGGAGGUCGUCCUGACGGGGCUGUCGGGCCGCCUGCCCGAGUCGGAAAACAUCGACGAGUUCGCGCGGAACUUGUUCGAGGGAGUAGACAUGGUUACUGAUGACGACCGACGAUGGCCACCGGGGAUGCAUGGAUUACCGUCACGGCUGGGCAAGCUAAAAGACCUAAAGCAUUUCGACGCAGAGUACUUCAAUCUAUCAGAAAAUCAAGCAGAUGUUAUGGACCCGGGGAUGCGAAUUCUAUUAGAAGUCACUCAUGAGGCGAUUGUCGAUGCUGGGUAUAACCCUACUGAGCUGCGAGGGACAAGAACUGGUGUUUAUGUAGGCGUUGGACGCCCCGAAACUUACGAAGCAUGGGGGGCGCUGUACAAAAAAUCUAAUGCCUACACUAUGCCUGGCGGCCUUGGCUGUAUGUUCUCCAACCGCGUGUCAUAUUCCUUUGACUUGCGAGGGCCAUCGCUCGCUGUAGAUGUCGCUUGUUCAAGCUCUGCUUACGCUCUUGCACAGGCUGUUAAUGAUAUUAAAGUAGGCCGUUGUGAUGCCGCUGUAGUCGCUGGUGUGAACAUCUGCCUCGAUCCGUCAACGUCGCUAGAUUUUUUUAAUCUGAACAUGCUGUCGAAAGACGGUCGUUGUGCGUCUUUUGAUGAAAGCGGGCAAGGUUAUGUACGCUCCGAGGCAGUUGUAGCUGUGUUACUCCAGCGCAGAAAUGUCGCGAGGCGUGUGUACUGCACAGUGCAUGCAGCGAGAGUCAACAAUGACGGACACACGCCGCGAGGCAUUACAUAUCCAUCUAGUGAGAUGCAGGGACGACUAGCGAAAGAAACUUACGAUGAAACCGGUUUGAGGCCGCAAGAUGUCGCCUAUUUUGAAGCACACGGGACCGGCACUAAAGCAGGCGACCCACAAGAGUUGAACGCAAUAGUCGAGCUAUUCUGCAAGAACCGAGAAUCCCCGCUACUCAUGGGGUCACUUAAAUCCAACAUGGGGCACGCAGAAUUGGCCUCAGGACUCUGUUCCGUCGCUAAAGUGGUGAUAACCAUGGAGCGAGGAGAGAUCCCUGGGAACCUGCACUAUAAGAACCCUAAUACUGACAUCCCUGCACUCAGCGAUGGCCGGAUACAGGUGGUUGACAGGAACACGUCAUGGCAGGGUGGAGUAGUAUCAGUAAAUUCCAUGGGCUUCGGCGGCGCCAACGCCCAUGUUAUCCUGGAAGGAGGUCGCGGGGACCGACCCCCACCCGCCCAGUACGCUGCCCCCCGUCUUAUCCUUGCUUCAGGCCGUACAGAUGAUGCUGUUGAGAAACUCCUCAAACUAGCCACUGAGAACCCUCAGGAUGGGGAGUUACAUGCUUUGAUAGACGCAGUUCACGCUCACCCGAUCCCCAACCAUCCGCGCCGUGGUUACACCAUCCUGAGUGCUGCUGCCCCUAUAACAGAGGUGCUGGAUAGCGACGAGCAACGCCCGAUCUGGUUUGCAUUUAGUGGCAUGGGCUCGCAAUGGGCGGGAAUGGCGCGUGAGCUACUCCGUUUACCAAUAUUCGCUUCAAGCAUCGCGCGUUCAGCGGUAGCCCUAAAACCUUACAUGGAUCUUAAGCAUGUCAUAUCGGAGGCGUCGCCUGAAGAGCUUGGGGAUUUGAUAAACUGUGUAGUGUCUAUCGUGGCCGUGCAGGUGGCGCUGGUAGAUGUGCUGAGUGAACUUGGAAUUCAUCCGGAUGGCAUCAUUGGACAUUCUCUUGGAGAAAACGGUUGCGGCUACAUGGAUGGGACUUUAACGGCGGAGCAAACAGUACUGGCCGCAUACUGGCGCGCGCGUUGUACCUUAGAAGCAAAGCUACCCCUUGGUGCAAUGGCGGCCGUUGGCCUGUCUUGGGAAGAGACCGCGAAGCGAUGCCCCGAGGACAUUGACCUUGCGUGUCACAACGGCCCUGAAAACGUUACGAUCUCAGGUCCAAAAGCAGCCGUGGAGAAAUUCGUAAAGCAACUAGCAGCAGAUGACGUAUUCGUACGAAUGGUAGAAUCUACCGGUGUGGCCUUCCACAGCAGAAGCGUCGCCGGUUGCGCUCCACAGUUGAGGAAACGUUUGCAGGAGAUCAUACCUAAUCCAAAGCCAAGGAGCUCUCGUUGGUUGUCUUCGUCCAUACCGCAGGACAAGUGGGACUCUGACUUGGCUCGCUUCAGCGGCGCAGACUACAUCGUAAACAACCAGCUCUCCCCCGUUCGCUUCGCCAGCGUCCUUCAGCUUGUCCCCCCUCGAGCGAUACUGGUCGAAAUCGCGCCACAUGCGCUACUGCAAGCGGUGCUGAAACGAGCGCUGCCCGAGGUGGUACAUGUGCCGCUUGUGAGGAAAGAGGCCCCUGAUGCGCUGGUACAUUUGCUGGCUGCUGUAGGAAAGAUAUAUGCCGCGGGAGCGCAGCCUCAGGUAUCCCGUCUCUACCCUGCUAUAUCCUGGCCCGUAUCUCGCGGCACACCCGGACUGGCUUCCCACAUCAGUUGGGACCACUCCAUCGAAUGGAGCGUCGUCGAUCCUACCACUGCCGCCCGUACUGGCGAGAACCUCAUUGAAUAUGACCUGACGAAACCUGAGGACGAGUUUAUUGCUGGACACAAUAUUGAAGGCAGGGUUCUCUUCCCUGCUACUGGAUAUCUUACGCUGAUAUGGCGCACGAUAGCGAAGAUGAAUAAUCAAGAUAUCGAGCAGUCAGCAGUUGUACUUGAGAAUGUAACCAUCCGACGCGCAACCAUCAUGUCUCGCGAAGCACCUGUGCGUUUCCUUGUUUCACUCCUAGAUGGCACUGGAGAGUUCCAAAUCAGCGAAGGCGGUGAAGUGGUAGUCACUGGUACAGCACGGCUUACUUCUAACGCUUCCGCUGAGCGCUUAUCAGCUUCUGCUUUAGCGGACAGAGAAGACCAAGAAGUUUUACAGGAACCUCCCCUAGACCCUGAAGACAUUUAUAAAGAUUUGAGCCUGCGUGGUUAUAAGUAUAAAGGAAUAUUCCAGGGAAUUAAGAGCUCUGAUGCACGUGGGCUUAAAGGUUUGCUCAAUUGGGAAGGAAAUUGGAUAUCAUUUAUGGAUACAGCGUUACAGUUUGGCCUCAUCGGAGCGGAUACGCGUGAUUUAUAUUUGCCAGCUCGUAUAGAGAGAGUAGUUAUUGACCCUGCAGCGCAGUGUAAAGAAGCUGGCUUGGCUACAAACGGAGCUUUACCUGUAAAACGUUAUCCUAGUAUAGGAGUGAUUGUGGCUGGUGGUGUAGAAUUCAGAGGUUUGAUAACUACGCUGGCACCGCGUCGUAUAAACAUACAAGCACCGCCCAAGCUCGAAAAAUUCGUGUUUCUACCUCUUAUUGGUGUCAAUGAUGACAAAAGGCUACCACUGACAGCUUCAGUACAGUUGGUGAUUGAGAACUUUGGAGUGCAGCAGUUCAAGAUUGCGGAAAUGGCUUUAAAACGGCCUGUAGAAGCGCUAAUGUUGCCUCAAGCGGUGCAAGAUUUUCAAGGAGAGCCAGCAGUGCGCGUGAGUGCCACGCUAGCGGCCGGUACCGACGCGACAAACUACAGUACUAUUAUGAAUUCAAUGGGAGUUAGGGUAUCUGACAGAAAAGUGUCAGACGGCGGGCUAGAGAAGGAAUGUCAUCUAGUGAUGGGUGCCAACGUAUUGUCACAGCCUGAACUGCUGGGUGCAUUAGCCGCGGCAAGCCUUGGAUUCGUACUGCUUGAGGAAAAAGUGGACUUGUUUGACAAAUGCAACAAAGAGCUGGCAAAUGCUGGCCUAACACUGGUAUCACGUACCCGCACCGGUUCACGCGAAUUCAUCCUUCUUCGUCGCACCAGAACUUUGCCUUCGCCGCGAAUAAUACUCGAAGCACGAGACGACGACUUCUCCUGGGUGAAUCAACUAAAGGACGCCAUGAAGCGCGCCCAAACUGAAGACUUGCGUGUAUAUGUGUGGUCACGAGAUCACGGCUCAGGGGUGUUGGGUUUAGGGACGUGCUUGAGACGAGAGCCGGGUGGCGAUAAAAUACGCUUCUACUAUAUACCUGGAGCGCAGGAUGUGUUCAACCCUGACACGCAAGUGUAUAAGGCGCAGGUGGAGAAAGAUUUGACCUUCAACGUGCUGAAGGACGGUGUUUGGGGAACAUUCCGUCAUCGGCCACUGGAUGAUGUUGCUGGCGCUCGUAAGCAGGUCGAGCAUGCUUACGUUGACGCGAUAACCCGUGGCGAUCUAUCCUCGCUCUGCUGGAUCGAAAGCGACCUGCGUCACGCAGCGUUUACGCCGCGGCGUUCGCGUACAGACUUGUGCAGCGUUUACUACGCGUCACUGAACUUCAGAGAUGUGAUGAAUGCUACUGGCAAGCUGUCGGCUGUGGCAACCAUCGGGACGGAGGCUAAAAUGGAAAACUCUAUCCUUGGCUUAGAGUUCAGUGGCCUUUCUUCCACUGGCAAGCGCGUGAUGGGCAUUGUUACCCGUGGUUUGGCGACGUCAGUAAUGGCCGAUACGGGUUUCCUAUGGGAAGUGCCGAAAGACUGGUCUUUGGAAGAAGCGGCAACCGUUCCUAUAGCUUACGCGACGGCGUAUUAUGCGCUGGUCGUGCGUGGUCAUAUGCGAAGGGGUGAAGCAGUAUUAAUACAUGCGGGUGCAGGAGGCGUAGGGCAAGCGGCUAUUACUUUAGCGCUUAACGCCGGCUGCACUGUUUUUACAACCGUGGGUUCUCCAGCUAAACGCGCCUUUCUACGUGAGCGCUUUCCGCAACUCCUAAACGCUAAUAUCGGAAAUUCACGUGACUGCUCUUUUGAACAACUAGUGCAGAUUCGAACACACGGACGCGGCGUUGAUCUUGUACUCAACUCGCUUGCUCGUGAUCAGCUUCAAGCGUCGCUCCGCUGUCUGGGAGAGCGUGGACGCUUCCUCGAAAUUGGAAAAGUCGAUCUGAUAGCCAACUCAGAAGUUGGCUUAAGCUUGCUGCUUAAAAGCACUUCAGUGCAAGGCAUCUUGCUAGAUGCAUUGUUCCCUUUGCCAGCUGAUGACCCUGAAAAAGUGAAAGUGGUACGAUUGGUGGCCGAGGGCAUAGCUGCUGGCGUUGUACGUCCGCUACCCACCACUGCUUACGGAGAAAGCCAACUCGAGCAGGCUUUCCGGUACAUGGCUACAGGCAAGCACAUCGGAAAGGUGCUGAUUCGUGUGCGUGAUGAAGCGAACGUUGGACAGCCGUCUCGGCUAAUACCCGCCUUGCCCCGAACCUACAUGCAUCCUGGAAAGAGCUACGUUCUUGUGGGUGGUCUAGGAGGCUUUGGUUUGGAGCUAGGCGACUGGCUGGUCCGCCGUGGAGCGCGCACACUGGUGUUUAAUUCGCGCAGUGGCGUACGGACUGGUUAUCAGACUUUAUGCAUCCGCAGAUGGUCUUCAUUGGGUGUCCACAUAUUAGUUUCAUCAAAAGACGCCACGACGUCGGCAGGUGCGCGCGUGCUGCUGGAGGAGGCGGCAGCGCUGGCGCCUGUUGGUGGCAUUUUCAACCUUGCUGCUGUGUUGAGAGAUGCGUUUUUUGAGAAUCAGACCCCGGAAGCCUUCCAAGCUGUUGCUAAGCCGAAGAUUGACGCGACCCGGGCUUUGGACAAAGCCUCGCGGGAGCUAGCACCCGAACUCGAUCAUUUCGUCGUCUUUUCCUCCGUGUCAUGCGGUCGCGGCAACGUUGGCCAAACCAACUACGGUCUAGCAAACAGCGCCAUGGAGCGUACAUGCGAGCAGCGAAGAGCUGACAAACUCCCUGGAUUGGCAGUUCAAUGGGGAGCAGUUGGGGACGUAGGGCUAGUAGCAGCGAUGGCUGAAGAUGCAAUAGUUGGUGGUACCACGCCGCAGCGUAUUGAGUCGUGUCUGCAGACGCUUGAUGUGCUGCUGGGGCUGCCGUACGCGGUGGUGGCGUCGAUGGUACUGGCGGAUGAACAGAGGCAGGAGAAGCCGGCCCAGGACUUGGCGCAAGCUGUUGCGAACGUUUUAGGCAUCAGAGACGUGAAAAAAGUAUCAGAAACGGCGACACUGGUCGAGCUAGGAAUCGACUCUCUCAUGGGUGCUGAAAUAAAGCAGACAUUGGAACGGAGCUACGACGUCGUGCUGAGUGUACAAGAAGUGCGGGAUCUUACGUUUGCGAAGCUACGGAGUAUGGCGGGCGAUGCGCCUACUACAAGUUGA